AUGAAAGCUGUAAUAUUUCUCGUACUUUUUGUGGUAAAAAAUAUUCCUGGCGCUCCUAUUGCUCUAAACGGCAAUGCAUAUAUAUCUCUGGAUUUGAAAUCGACUGAAUCGAUAGAGAUCCAUCCCGGGCAGCUGAUUUUACAUCUAAGAUUCCGCACCAUACACCCAAAUGGGCUUCUUAUGUACAGCAAAGGAGCCAGUGGCCAAUAUUUCAGACUGGAGAUCGUCCAGGGAAGAGUAAGCUAUUCCUCCUACUUUCAUGGUAGCUACCAAAAUGGCCUCUUCACAAUCUUGUCCCCAAAUAAAGACCUGAAUGAUGACAAAUGGCACAAUGUGACACUCAUUAGACACGGACGAAAAUUUGCCCUCUGUGUCGACAAGAUCACUGCAUUCCGCAUACACCAGGGAGAGUAUGAAAAGCUCGACAUGAAUGACGUCAUUUACGUCGGUGGAAUGACGGAGCAAAGUUACCACUCCCUACGCGUUACAGGGUCUAAAAAUUUCCGUGGAUGUCUUAGAGAUGUAAAGUACGGCAACGUAAAUAUUCUGGCUGGUGCUUUAAUGGGACUACAUGGUUUUGAAAUCCAUAAAAAAAUUUCAUUCCAGUGUAAAUCUGCAGCUCAUCGCAUUUUUUCAAGCAUCAGUCCUAAUUUGAGCGUGCGGAUACCUUACAGAGCAAUGGGUGACUGUUUCUUUACGACAAGUUUUCAGUUCCGUACCUAUUUUAAAGAGGGUUACUUCAUUUCGGUUAUUUCACCCAGAGUGAAGUCUUACCUUUUUCUCUCGAACGGCGUUCUGGUCUUGAAAGUCGUUGACGUUAGUGGAUUCAAAUCAGGGCUGAGACUGGGCACUAACCUUAAUGAUGGUGAAUGGCAUCAACUGUCAGUGCGUAUCGCAGGCUCGGAAAUUGCUUUACAACUUGACGGACAGGUCACGACGAAAGAGGUUAAUAACUCUCUUUUAUCGAUUAGAAAUUCCAGAAACAAGCUCCGACCAAAGAUUUCUCUUGGGAAAGAAAGGAAAAUGAAAUCGAAUAUAUCGGGCUUUGUUGGGUGUAUAUUGGAUUUGAUAAUACAGGAUCGUCAAAUUCCAUUGAGCGGCAUACGAAGAAAGAAGUACGUUCAGAGUGUGGUGAUGAAAUCUUGUCAUUUGGAAAACUACUGUGAGCCUAAUCCUUGUAAAAAUGGCGGGCAAUGCUCGCAAGAUUGGAAGCAGUUUUAUUGUAAUUGCGAUCACACAGAUUUUGAGGGUGAAAUUUGCGAAAUUUCGAUUUACAAGCCAACUUGUGAACAUUACAGAUUCAUGGGGCUGCAGACGAGUGCUUUAUGUUUGUUGGAUUCCAAGGGAGAAGGACACCCUUACACUGCAUUCUGUAACGUAACACGCUCGUCACGAACAUACACGAUUAUAGCUCACAAUAAAAUGGCGGAAACUCCCGUUGGAGACGGGGAACUCUUGGACGCCCUCUACAGCCAUGAAAUCACGUAUACUGCCCGAACAGGAAUGGAUCAGAUUAAGGCUCUGAUAGAGAAAAGCAAACAUUGUCGUCAGUAUGUAGAAUUUCAUUGUUUUGCUUCUAAACUUUUUAACGCGCCUCGCGGAUCCUCACAAGCGUUUUGGUUAUCACGUGACAAGGUAAGACAGGAAUACUGGGGAGGAGGACAACCAGGGAGUAAAAAGUGCGCAUGCGGAAUGACCGAGCCACCUUCAUGUGUGGGUAAGAAAUUCUGCAACUGUGAUGCCAGGGAUAGGAUUUGCGGUUCAAAAACCAAAUACGCCGAGAAGUAUUCUGAUGAAUCUUUCUUCUCUUGUAGGUACAUGUGGAACCUCGAAAUCAAAAUAUACUCAGUUGGCUUCACGGCCUAG